CCUGGUGAAAGGUGGCUGGCUGCUGGGUUGUGGUGUGUGAGAGGACAUGGCGCUGCCCUGGAGGCAGUGUAGCUGGUGGGUGUUUGGCAAUCACGGGGUGACAUUAAUAAACAACCUGUGUCGCACUCAACAAAGGACACUAGCCAUCACGGGUGUGUCGGUUAGGAGGACGGGCACCGUGGCCAUCCUGGGCAGCACUAACAGCACUGGAUGCGAGGCUGUAGCUUUUACCAAGAAACCGAACCCUCUGUGGAGGAAUAGCUUCAGAUUGUUUCACACUAUGCAGAACAGAUGUUGCUAUAGCAAUGUGAAUAAUGAUGAACAACUGAAGGACCCCUUCAAACUUGUUCAAAAAGACUUGAAGAAUCUCUAUGAGGACAUUAAAAAGGAGCUGUUUGUUUCCAAAACAGAACUGAAAUCUCUGUGUGAUUAUUACUUUGAUGGAAAAGGAAAAGCUUUCCGACCAAUGAUUGUGGUGCUAAUGGCUCGUGCAUGCAAUCUUCACAGCAACAGAGACAGAGAGUUGCUUCCAGGCCAGCGCUCAAUAGCUAUGAUCUCAGAAAUGAUUCACACUGCAAGCCUCGUUCAUGACGAUGUAAUCGAUGGCUCUGACACCCGGAGAGGGAAAACCACUGUGAAUGCAGUCUGGGGUGAAAGAAAGGCCAUACUUGCAGGAGAUUUUAUCCUCUCUGUGGCAUCUCUGGCACUGGGUCGUCUUGGCAACACCACUGUGGUAUCAGUCUUAUCUCAGGUCAUCGAAGAUUUAGUACGGGGGGAAUUCAUGCAGCUGGGUUCAAAGGAGACCGAGAACGAGCGAUUUAAACACUACCUCGACAAAACCUUUAAGAAGACUGCCAGUCUUAUAGCAAACAGUUGUAAAGCAGUGUCUCUUCUUGUAAGCUCUGACCCAGCGGUCCACGAGAUUGCUUUUCAGUAUGGAAGGAAUGUAGGAAUCGCAUUCCAGCUGGUAGAUGACGUGUUGGAUUUUACAUCUUGUGCAAAUCAACUGGGAAAGCCAUCAGCAGCAGAUCUGCGGCUUGGUUUAGCCACAGGACCAGUCUUAUUUGCUUGUCAGCAGUUUCCAGAGCUCCAUGAAAUGAUAAUGAGAAGGUUCAGUUCAGCAGGAGAUGUGGAGCGUGCCUGGCAAUAUGUACUGCAGAGCAAUGGUGUCCAACAAACUACCUACCUCGCCCGGCGUUAUUGCCAAGAAGCUAUCCGACAGAUCAGCAAGCUGUCUCCUUCCCCAGAGAGGGAGGCUCUCAUACAACUCACAGAAAUCAUUCUGAUUCGUGAUAAGUGACAUCUGAAACUCCUCUGUCCAAGGCAGCUAUCUCUCUGGACAGUGCCUGCAGAACCAACAGUGGUUUGUCCACAGUAAUGGGGUAGAGGGGGUUCGUAAAUAUUCACCCAGCACUGAAAGAAACAUCUCUGAAUUACGAACCUGCACUGUUAUUGCCCAAAGAAACUUCUACUAACCCCAUUACUCCAGACAGAACAUGUGGGCUUUUUAAAAUCAAGGAAAUCAGGUGGUGGUUUUGUGUGGACUUGUUUACAUUGUUCUAUACAAACCGUCCAAACUGCAAGACCAGUGUGGGUGACAUUGACAUGGUGUACAUGUUAUAAAUUCAUAAUUAUAACAAAGGCCUUAAUUCCUCAAGCACCAGUGUAAUCAAAUUUACAUAAAGCCAAUAUUUUUUAA